GAGUUUUUAAAUACCAAAAAUUAAAAAAGAUAACUCUUUUAGCCUCAACUUAAAAACAACUCUUUUGUAUACCAAAAUCAGUUAAAAGACUAAAAUACCCUUACAUUAUAUCAUUAAAGAAAAGCAAAAAAAAAAAAAAAAAAAAGAGAAGUCAUCGGCCCCUCCUCUCUCCUCCCUCCACCCCCAAAUUCAAAUUCUCUCUCUCUCUCCCAACUCACGACACGCUCACGACCGGCGCCACCUCACGAUCGAAUUCCAGUCACGACGUCGAGAUGGGCGACCGCGACCGGAACGACGACGACUCGGUGUCGGCGACAAGCUCCGAAGAGGAGGAGCGUCUCGCACAUCCUACUCCUCCGAUUAAUUGUGAUUGGAAAAGGCCUACAUUGAUCUACGUGACCCGUGGAGUUAAUCUUUAUAUGAGGACCGAUAUAUUGAAGGAGGUCAAGAAUGUUUUACUUGAUAAAGGCGGUCCGUUGGCUCUAGAGAGAUUUAAAGAAGGCGUAGUAGGACGGUUGAUUGAUAUCAAGAGAAACCAUAGUGCAAGUAAUGCUCUACAUCACUUGCUAGCUCGUCAAUUGAAAGGUAGCGAUAUACCAUGUGACGAGUCUUGGUUUCAAGUUGGUGGACAGACCAUUCGAUUUAGGCCGACGGAGUAUGCCCUUGUCACGGGACUUCACUUUGGCAACAGUGAUUUUGAUCCAUAUGCAAAACACAAGCCUCCACGGAAUGGUAUAUUCAAUCGAUUCUUCAAUGGUGUAUCCACGAAGGUGCAUGUGUUGCGCAAGAGAUUCAAUGAGAAGAGCCUUGGCAAGGAUGUGGAAGACUAUUUGAAGGCUGCCAAUCUUUUGGUGUACUAUCUAUUCCUCCUAUGUCGGGAUAAUCCAGUGAUCGAGGAUUGGGCAUGGACAUUAGUUGAGGAUUUUGAGCGUUGGGAUGCCUUUCCAUGGGGCUCAUACACGUAUGGCGCAUUGUCUUACUACAUAGACACUGUUGGGAUUGCCCCGGACCAAGCUGAAAAAGAUUACCACUUUUAUGGUCCGGUUUGGGCCUUACAAAUUUGGUCGUACGAGGCCGUUCCAGAUUUGGGAAGCCAAUGUGGCUUUCGAGAGCGCGAGGAGAUAUUGCCUCGUUGUUUGAGAUGGAGCACUCGACAGAUGAGGAAGAUUGAUUUUGCAACUUUUUUAGAGAAGCGGCGGCCGGUAUAUCCUGUGUUGGAAGCUACAUCUAGUGAGUUAGAUGAGUACUAUAUGAUGAGCUUCGACAAUGGGGAUAUGUUUGAUGUUCGUUUCGAGGCUCCUGUACGCGUUGCCUCAAGAUAUGAGACAACAUUGAAGGCGCCUGUACAGAAAGCACGACGCGGGACGAAGCGCCCCCGACAGAGCACUCCACUUCUCACUCCAACAGAGGGGGGAGAGAGAGCUAGAGUGUGUUGUGUGCACGGACGGCCUUGCCCAGACAACGAAGGGGGCACUGACAGGGGGCAUGAUAUCGAGGACAGAUUGAGGGCAGUUAUCGAUGAUAGAAUGAGGGCAGUUUUGACUGAUGAUUCUGAUACAGGCUUUCUUGCUGUAUUGAGAGCAGUUAUCGAUGACAGAUUGAGGGCAGUUUCCGGCCGGAGGCGUUCUAGGAGUCCUCCACUCUUCCGGGAAGAGGAUGUUAUCUCCCACCACUCUCAGAGUCGCUCCCGCCAGCCACAGCCUCAGCAUGUCGCUGCCGAUGAGGCCUUUUCUUUGCAGCCUCAGCACGUCCCCACCGAGGUCGGUACUUCUUUGCAGCCUCAGCAUGCCCCCACCGAGGAGGCUAUUGUUUUUCAGCCUCAGGACAUACCCAUCGAGGAGGUUACUGCUUUUCAGCCUCAGCACAUACCCACCGAGACCAGUGCUUCUUGGGAGCCUCAGCACGUCCCCAACGAGGCCGGUACUCCUUUGCAGCCCCAGCAUGCCCCCGCCGAUGAGGCUAUUGUUUUUCAGCCUCAGGACAUACCCAUCGAGGAGGUUACUGCUUUUCAGCCUCAGCACAUACCCACCGAGACCAGUGCUUCUUGGGAGCCUCAGCACGUCCCCAACGAGGCCGGUACUCCUUUGCAGCCCCAGCAUGCCCCCGCCGAUGAGGCUAUUGUUUUUCAGCCUCAGGACAUACCCACCGAGGAGGUUACUGCUUUUCAGCCUCAGGACAUACCCACCGAGACCAGUGCUUCUUGGGAGCCUCAGCACGUCCCCAACGAGGCCGGUACUCCUUUGCAGCCCCAGCAUGCCCCCGCCGAUGAGGCUACUGCUUUGCAACAGUUUACCAACCUCUUCAAGUCUGUGGUACCUGUGUCGCACUCUCCUAUCAAGGGAGCCUCUUACCAGACCUAUAUCCCAUAUGAUAAGGUUUGUACCUUACAUUCUCCUGACAAGGCCAAGAAAGCGUCUAAGCCACAUGAUAAGGUACAAACAUCUGAGCCUAGUGUUGAUUUGGAUGAUCUCGAGGAGUUUGGGGAGGAUGAGGAUGAGGACACGGGCGAUAAGAGUUUGGGGCCUCGAGAGCGUAGACCGUCUGCUGCUAUUCGGACUCCUUUUAAGGGUCAAAGUCCGUCUACUGCUGAGGUAUUGAGGACUCAGUACAGAAAAUUCAGAAUUAGUGGACCUAAUUCCAUUGCAGUUGUGACUGCGACAGAAGCUCCUUUAAAUCAAGAGUUCUUCGAUGAUCUUGAGAAUACUGACAUGGACUUCACCCAAGAUGUCAUAGACCAAUACGUGCUUUUUAUUCGCACACGUCUUGGGAUAGCCAAAGAAAAAAGCAUGUCUACUACUUUAGUCAUCGGCACUGAUUUUUAUGUUGUAUUGCAUGCCGAGCUUACCCGACUGCAUCCAAAGGAUCCCAAUUUUAAGAAGGUGAAGGGAAAGCCAACAUAUCCCAAAUGGACUUUACCUGAAGGACUCGAACGCUUGGUUAAAGGGCUAGAUACGACAAAUUCAACUCCGUGGUGGAAUGUAGAUUUUAUUGUUGCAAUUUGUCUUGUGGGCAAAAAUCACUGGGUCACUGUGCGAAUUCGACUUGUUGAUUGGAAGGUCGAGUUGUAUGACUCAUUGUCACACCUGUUUGAUGAAGGCAAGGCUUCUGUGCGCGACGAUGAGAUGAAGCCCAUUACUCGUCUCAUGCCUCGUCUAUUAGAGCUCUCCGAUUAUUGGGAGAACACAACUCGGAUAAAGAGAGAAGACGAGAUGGAGCUUCGUAAGAUGCCGAGUAGUGCCCAGUUCGCCCAGGUCGACAACCACAGUUGCGGCCCUUUCGCUUGCAUGUAUCUUGAUCGUUUAGUUGCCACUCCUGACAAAAAGCUGAGACAUUCGGAACAAAUCAACGAAAAAUAUAUCAAGAAGUAUAGGUGGAUUGUAGGAUCUAGAAUAUUUUGUCUCACUCAAAUUUGAAACAUAUUGAG